AAAGUGUACUGCUCCCUCUCUCUCUCUCACGCCCACACUCAAGAGAAACCCGCAUUUACAUCACACACAUGCCACUCUCUUUCCUAACCUUUUCCUAAUUUCCCUCUUUCUCUCUCUCCUCCCUAAAUUCUCUCUCUUUCAGGCGAUCUUGAUCUGGAACCUGAACAAACCACCAUUUCUUGUCAAGUUAUUCUGUACCUUUUUUAACAAAGUAAUUUAAGGGCUGCUAUUGUUUUUGAUUUUUAGGUUAUCAGAGCUGUAAUUGAGGGGUUUGGCCAUGUAUGUGACCUUUUUUUUUCAGAUCCAUGGAUGUGUUUGGGAUUUCUGAGGGGCAUAUAGAGGAUGACUAGGACCAAGUUUUUGGGGUUUGAUUUUAGUGAGAAUUUAAGUUGAAGCGGUACUGAUAUGUGUAUGGGAUUGGAAUUUCAGUUCUGCCCUGUUCUUUACUUGGUUAAUUUUUGUGCAAGUUGUGCUUCUUUAUUUGGUUGAAUUGGGUUCUAGUUGCUUUUGUUUUUAGGGUUUUGAUAUUUAAAGGGAUGGAGGCUACAAUUGGUGGAAAGUCUCGUCAUUUCUAUGGUCCAGUGGUGUCGGAUUUAAAGGCAGUUGGGAAAAGGAGUUUAGAAUGGGAUUUGAAUGACUGGAAAUGGGACGGUGAUCUUUUUAAAGCUAGUCCAUUGAAUUCUGCACCAUCUGAUUGCAGGAGUAGGCAGUUGUUCCCAACUGGACCUGUACUUCAUGAGAAUGCGGGUUUGUGGAACUGUUCAUCUUCUUGUUCCGAUGAAAAUGACAACUUGGGGGAUGAGAAAGGAAAGAGAGAAUUGGAGAAGAGGAGGAGGGUUGUUUUUGUUGAAGAUGAAAACUUGAAUUAUGAAGUUGGGUCCCCUAAUUUGAAGCUAGGAGAGCAGGUCUACCCCAUCAUGGAUGAAGAUGCAAAGAGUGGAAAGAAGACAAAGGUUACUAUGACUGCUUCAAAUCGUGCAGUUUGUCAGGGGGAGGAUUGUAGGGCUGAUCUGAGCAAUGCCAAGGAUUAUCACCGACGACAUAAGGUUUGCAAUGCGCACUCUAAGGCCAGCAAGGCAUUGGUGGGGAAUGUUAUGCAGCGGUUUUGCCAGCAAUGUAGCAGGUUUCAUGUUCUUCAAGAGUUUGAUGAAGGGAAAAGAAGCUGUCGCAGGCGUUUGGCGGGGCAUAACAAACGAAGGAGGAAGACGCAUCCUGAAAAUUUAGUCAAUGAAGGUUCAUUGAAUGAUGAAAAGGGUAGCAGCUAUCUGCUGAUAAGUUUACUGAGGAUUCUCUCCAAUUUGCACUCAAAUGGCUCUGAUCAAACAAAGGAUCAGGAUCUGCUUUCUCAUAUAUUGAGGAGCCUGGCGAAUCUAGCUGGUACAACUAAUGGAAGGAGCCUAUCUGGAUCACUGCAAGGAUCGCAAGGUUUGGCUAAUGCCAGAGCAAUCGUCGGGAAUCUUGAUAAAGCGCAUGAUGCUCUUACAAAUGGCCCUGAAUCUGCUAGACCUUCUAGCUCAGCUUCUAAAAAAGAUGAUUACAUUAUUUCUCAGGAUCUUCUACGGCCUUUGGGUCAAUUUGGGACUGUACCUAUUUCUGACUUGGUGCAAAAAAGAAUAUUGGAUAAUGAUGCUCAGGUUGGAACACUUCAAGCUCCUUCAGGUUCACAGUCUAUAACAUUGUUCCCAUCAAGAAACAACCUUCCAGCCAAAACAAAUGAACCAGAGGCUACUGUUGGAAGGAUCAAAUUGAAUAACUUUGACUUGAAUAAUGCUUAUGAUGAUUCCCAACAGCACGUAGAGAACCUAGAGAGGUCUCAUGCACCUGUAGAUACAGGUAUGGGAUCUUUCAGUUGCCCGUUAUGGGUUUGGUCAGACUCACAAAAAACAAGCCUGCCGCAUACUAGUGGGAAAUCUGAUUCAACUUUUAGCCAGUCGCCUUCUAGUUCAAGUGGAGAAGCUCAGAUUCGUACAGACAGAAUUGUUUUUAAACUCUUUGGAAAAAACCCAAACGAUUUCCCAGUUGCACUGCGAACACAGAUCCUUGAUUGGCUAUCUCACAGUCCCACGGACAUCGAGAGCUAUAUAAGGCCCGGAUGUAUUGUAUUGACAAUAUAUCUUUGCCUGGAAAAAUCAAAAUGGGAAGAGGUUUGUCUUGAUCUAGGAGCAAGUUUAAGUAGGCUUCUUAAUACAUCUAGUGACUCUUUUUGGCAAACUGGAUGGGUGUAUGUUAGGGUGCAAAAUUGUGUAUCCUUUAUUUAUAAUGGUAGAGUUGUUUUAGACACUCCAUUACCUAUAAAGAGCCAUAAGAACUGCAGGAUAUCAAGCAUCACACCUAUUGCUGUCUCUUUGUCUGAGAGAACUCAAUUUGUAGUCAGAGGCUUUGACAUUGCUCAGCCUAUGACAAGGCUGCUUUGUGCUGUUGAAGGAAAAUAUCUAGUCCAGGAAACUUGUUAUGACUUGAUGGAUGGUGCUGAUACAAUGAAUGAGCUUGACAAACCCCAGUACUUGAACUUUCAGUGCUCUGUACCAAAUUUUGUUGGAAGAGGCUUUAUUGAGGUUGAAGACCAUGGUCUCAGCAGCAGCUUUUUCCCAUUCAUUGUUGCUGAGCCAGAAGUAUGUUCAGAAAUCCGUUUGCUGGAGGAUGCAAUUCAGGUGGCUGAGACUGCUACUGACAUGCAUACAAUAGCUGAAAGAAUGGACAUCAAGAAUCAAGCGCUGGACUUCAUACAUGAAAUGGGCUGGCUUCUACAUAGAAGUCGCUUGAAAUUUAGACUGGGCCAGUUGGAUCCCAACUUGGAUCUCUUCCCUUUCAAACGCUUCAAACAGCUUAUACAAUUCUCCAUGGACCGUGAUUGGUGUGCUGUGGUGAGAAAACUCUUGGCCAUUGUGCUUGAUGGAACAGUAGAUGCUGGGGAGCAUUCCUCAAUUGAGCUUGCCCUGUUAGAUAUGGGUCUUCUCCACAGAGCUGUGCGAAGAAACUGCAGGCCCAUGGUGGAACUACUAUUAAGAUACAUCACAGAUAAAAAAUUCGGUGGAACAGGCACUCAGCAGAAUCAACUGGUUGAUGGGCGCAACAGCAGAUUCAUGUUUAAACCUGAUGUUGUUGGACCAGGUGGAUUGACUCCUCUUCAUGUGGCAGCUUGUAGGGAUGGUGCUGAGAAUGUGUUGGAUGCCUUGACUGAUGACCCUGGAUUGGUUGGAAUAGAUGCAUGGAAGAAGGCUCGUGACAGCACAGGUCUGACACCUUAUGAUUAUGCAUGCCUGCGAGGUCAUUACUCUUACAUUCAUCUAAUCCAGAGGAAAAUCAAUAAGAAAUCAGAAAGCGGGAACGUGGUGCUUGACAUCCCUGGUUCCCCUGUGGAUUGCAAUUUCAAGCAAAAAGAUGGGAAUGAAUUACCAAAAGUGACCAGCUUGCACACUGAGAAGAUCAAAAUGAAAGCAACGCAUCAGCACUGCAAGUUAUGUGAGCAGAAGCUGGUUUGUGGUGCGGCAAGAACAUCUCUGGUAUACCGGCCAGCAAUGCUCUCAAUGGUGGCCAUUGCAGCCAUCUGUGUAUGUGUAGCUCUGCUCUUCAAGAGUUCUCCUGAAGUUCUUUACGUGUUCCAGCCUUUCAGAUGGGAAUUGCUGAAGUAUGGAUCAAGCUAAGCUAGAUCUAUUUGUUAGUAUUGCUGGUGCAAGGUCUAAUAUUCUUUUUUUCCCGUCCCGUUUCUCCAAAAAAACAAAAACAAAGAAAAUCACCUGACACCGUGUAUGAAUUUAGUGGAAAAUAUGAUGUAUAUGUGAUAAUAAUAGCCGCUAAUUUAAUUUAUAGAACUACAAUAGGGAAACGUGUACUUCUACAUAGACAUGCAUAUAAAGUGGACACCACUGUUUUUUUUCCUGGUGGGUUGGGUCGGGGGGCAGAGGGCGAAAGAAUAAUUUAUAUUCUGUAGUCUCGACUCUUGAGGCUCUUGUGCUUUGAACAGGCUUAAACUUCUAGCAGUGAAUUAUAAGCUUCAUAGCUUGCAAUUAUUUCUUCAGAUUAUGGGAUUAUACAUUGUAAGAAUUCCAAAGAAGGUUUCAUUGAAUCCAUGAAUGAAGUGGUU